AUGGUACUAGCUCCUUUCGCGAGGCUCUUCCGCACGUUGAGAAUACCGGUACCGACCAACAUGGCUACUACCGCUGCCAAUCCCUUGUCGUCGCUGGUUGCCCACAUCAUCGCCGGGUUGAAACGGCUCGAUACAUCAAUGGAUCCACGAAAAACGAUCGGCAUCCUACGACAGUACCAAUUCACGAUAUACAACACGGCAUUAUGGGCAGGCUUGGCGAUCCUUGCCUGCGUCAACCUCUACAUCAUGGAUUCGCGCUUGCUCAAGGUCCUAAUCCCCACUGCAUAUCUUGCCGCCAUCCUCAUCCCCGCCACCUCGCAAUUCUUCUUUCCCGCCACACCCGUGUUGAUGUGGGUCCUCACCUUCUUCUGCGCGAGGUACAUCCCCUCUUCUUGGCGACCGGAUAUCCACGUCGUCCUGCUCCCUACGUUGGAGUCCGUCCUGUAUGGGGCGAACAUCUCGGACCUGUUGACCCGAUUUACCCAUCCGGUGCUCGACAUUCUCGCUUGGUUGCCAUAUGGAGUCGGUCACUUUGCGAUUCCCGGUAUUAUCGCGCUCGUCCUAUGGACCUUUGCACCCAAAGGCUCUGCCCAAUUCUUUGGGAAAGCUUUUGGCUUUAUGAACCUUGUGGGCGUGCUUUGCCAGAUCUUUUUCCCAUGCGCCGCCCCAUGGUAUGAGAUUAUUCACGGUCUCGUUCCGGCCAAUUACUCGAUGCCGGGUUCUCCUGGAGGUCUGAUGCGGAUCGAUCGAAUCUUUGGAUCUAAAGGCUACACGAACACGUUUGGUUCGGCUCCUCUAGUCUUUGGAGCCUUCCCAUCGCUACACUCUGGCUGUGCCACCAUGGACGCCCUCUUCCUGACGCAUUUCUUCCCCAAAUAUCGCUAUGCGUACUGGACCUAUGUGGGGGUUCUGUACUGGAGUACUAUGUACCUAACUCAUCAUUACCUGAUUGACGUGGUCGGUGGAGGUUGUCUAGCCCUUGCGAGCUUCUUUUAUUUCAUGCCAAAGGAAUUCAAAGAUCUCGCAAGCGGCAUCGAUUGGGAGGCUGAAGGAACUCAUGGAGGACAAUACGAUCGGGUGGGGCAGGAGCAAGACGAGCUGGAUCUAGAUGAGGAGAUACGACAGUUGGAUGGAAACCAUGUCGAACCCGAAAGCACGGCGUCGACAAAGGAAGCCCUCCGGGGCAAGAAUGCGAGAGAUGGGAGCCGUGAAGAUAGCCAGUUAGUCUAG